CUCUUCUAUUCCCGCCUAUUUCCUGGUGACAUUUGUUUAAUUUAAUUUCACCUUGUCUGACACCUUGACGCAGAUUGUUGAAGGUAAUGUAACCGACAGUUUGACACUUUAAUGGCUCUUUGUUCAUGUUUUUAGCGAUAUUAGCUUCUCCAGAAACAACAGCAAUCUGCCGUUUGGUUGUUAAAAGUGUCGUUUGGAACUAAAGGUGAACUCACAACUAACGGCUGGAAUAUUUUCUGCAAUUUUGUAGUUGAGUUUGUUUGUGUGGAGAAACAGUUGAAGCGAGAUGAUCCUCAGUAAUUAAACGCAGUGUUGUUGUUACUGUGUCCAUCUACCUUCUGAUGACUGACGGCAGGUUUUCCUGCCUGAAUCAGCCUGUGGAGGAGGCGGAGAUGAGCCGCUGCUCUCCCCGCUGUCUGAGACACUAAAUACGGCUCCGCUCGGCCGGACAGCCGCUGGAGAACAGCUUUGACUUCAUGUGUCUACAGAAUCACUGUGAAUUUAUGUGUCUUACUUCUAUUGAAGCCCAACUGAGAACAAGAAGAUGUUGUUGCUUUACUUUCUAUUAUGGACCGCAGUGGCAGCCAACAAAGGACCACUCUACGGGAAAAUAGGUGACAAAGCUGUUCUCACAUCAGACUCUGUAGUGAAUCCUAUCAACAGCAUAGUGUGGAAACAUGGACCUGAUCUUGCCAUGGAGUGGUAUGGAGACGAGACUUUCUCCUACCGACAAUUCAAAGAUCAUGGUAGGCUGAACACUUUAACUGGAGCGCUGACGAUCACAGGACUGACUUCAGACGACAGCGGCAACUACACAGUAGACAUCAACAACAAACUCACCAGCAUGACUGAACUCCUGGUUAUCUCUCCUGUCUCUAAACCCACCCUCUCCUUAUGGUGUGAACCUGAGAUGACCUACUGUGUCCUCACCUGUAAUGGCGACACCGCAGACGCUGAACCAGUCACCUACAGGUGGACGUCAGGUGACACGACGUGGUCUUCAACCAAGGAGCACAAUAUAACAAAGGAAGAUGAUGAGCUGUGGUUCAGCUGUGCGUUUGAAAACCCAGUCAGCUCAAGCAGCAGUGAAAUAGUCUUCAACCCCUUCAUGGAAAAAGAACCACUCUACGGGAAAAUAGAUGACAAAGCUGAUCUCACACCAGACUCUGUAGUGAAUCUCAUCACCAGCAUAGUGUGGAAACAUGGACCUGAUCUUGCCAUGGAGUGGUAUGGAGGCGAGACUACCGCCUACCGACACUUCAAAGAGCGUGGUAGGCUGGACACUUCAACUGGAGCGCUGACGAUCACAGGACUGACUCCAGAUGACAGCGGCAGCUACACAGUAGAGAUCAACAACAAAGUCACCAGCAAGACUGAACUCCUGGUUAUCUCUCCUGUCUCUAAACCCACCCUCUCCGUAUGGUGUGAACCUGAGAUGACCUACUGUGUCCUCACCUGUAAUGGCGACACCACAGACGCUGAACUGAUCACCUACAGGUGGACGUCAGGUGAUAUAACGUGGUCUUCAACCAAGGAGCACAAUAUAACAAUGGAAGAUGAUGAGCUGUGGUUCAGCUGUGCGUUUGAAAACCCAGUCAGCUCAAGCAGCAGUGAAAAAGUCUUCAACCCCUUCAUGGAAAAAGGACCACUCUACAGGAAAAUAGGUGAUGAAGCUGUUCUCACACCAGACUCUGUAGAGAAUCCCAUCACCAGCAUAGUGUGGAAACAUGGACCUGAUCUUGCCAUGGAGUGGUAUGGAGGCGAGACUUUCUCCUACCGACACUUCAAAGAUCGUGGUUCGCUGAACACUUUAACUGGAGCGCUGACGAUCACAGGACUGACUCCAGACGACAGCGGCAGCUACACAGUAGAGAUCAACAACAAAGUCACCAGCAAGACUCAACUCCUGGUUAUCUCUCCUGUCUCUAAACCCACCCUCUCCAUAUGGUGUGAACCUGAGAUGACCUACUGUGUCCUCACCUGUAAUGGCGACACCACAGACGCUGAACUGGUCACCUACAGGGGGACGUCAGGUGACAUGACGUGGCCUUCAGCCAAGGAGCACAAUAUAACAAAGGAAGAUGAUGAGCUGUGGUUCAGCUGUGCGUUUGAAAACCCAGUCAGCUUCAUCAGCAGUGAAAUAGUCUUCAACCCCUUCAAGGAAAAAGAACCACUCUACGGGAAAAUAGGUGACAAAGCUGUUCUCACACCAGACUCUGUAGUGAAUCUCAUCACCAGUAUAGAGUGGAAACAUGGACCUGAUCUUGCCAUGGAGUGGUAUGGAGGCGAGACUUUCUCCUACCGACACUUCAAAGAUCGUGGUUCGCUGAACACUUCAACUGGAGCGCUGACGAUCACAGGACUGACUCCAGACGACAGCGGCAACUACACAGUAGACAUCAACAACAAAGUCACCAGCAAGACUCAACUCCUGGUUAUCUCUCCUGUCUCUAAACCCACCCUCUCCUUAUGGUGUGAACCUGAGAUGACCUACUGUGUCCUCACCUGUAAUGGCGACACCACAGACACUGAACUGGUCACCUACAGGUGGACGUCAGGUGACACGACGUUGUCUUCAACCAAGGAACACAAAAUAACAAAGGAAGACAAUGAGCUGUGGUUCAGCUGUGCGUUUGAAAACCCAGUCAGCUUCAACAGCAGUGAAAUAGUCUUCAACCCCUUCAAGGAAAAUGAACCGCUCUACAAGAAAAUAGGUGAUGAAGCUGUUCUCACAUCAGACUCUGUACUGAAUCCCAUCACCAGCAUAGUGUGGAAACAUGGACCCAAUACUGCCAUGGAGUGGUAUGGAGGCGAGACUACUGCCUACCGCCACUUCAAAGAUCGUAGUAUGCUGAACAUUUCAAAUGGAGCGCUGAUGAUCACAGGACUGACUCCAGACGACAGCGGCAACUACACAGUAGAGAUCAACAACAAAGUCACCAGCAAGACUGAACUCCUGGUUAUCUCUCUUGUCUCUAAACCCACCCUCUCCGAAUGGUGUACUGGGACCUACUGUGUCUUCACCUGUAAUGGCAACACCACAGGCGCUGAACCAGUCACCUACUGGUGGACAUCAGGUGACACGACGUGGUCUUCAACCAAGGAGCAGAAAAUAACAAUGAUGGAAAAGGAGCUGUGGUUCAGCUGGUUCAGCUGUGCGUUUGAAAACCCAGUCAGCAACAUCAUCAACAGUGAAGAAGUCUUCAAUCCCUUUAUAAGGAAUCAGCUCAUCUUCAUGGCAAUAUUAUUACUGGUUGUCUGCAUCAUCAUCAUCACUUUCAGACGCAAAGGCGUCAUCAAUUUCAGUUGCGAAUGGAUAAAAGAGCUUCUGAAAUGGAUGUUCAUCUACAUGUUAGUAUGUAUUCUGGUUGUGUUCAACAUCACCCUUAUCUUCGAUUCAAACUACGAAGGCAGAAAAGAGGUUCUGACAAGGAUGUUCAUCAUGAUAGCAGUAUUUGGAGUGAUUCUGGUUGGGUUCAUCAUCAUCUUCAUCUGUAUUCUAUACAAAGCCGGAUAUUCUACCGGCAGUCUGAGAUGGAUGUCCAUCUUAAUACCAGUAUUAUUUCUGGAUAUAUUCAACAUCAUCAUCAAUUUAAUAUAUGAAGGCAUAAAAGUGGAUCUGACAUGGAUUUACAUCCUGAUAGCAGUAUUUGGAGUGAUUCUGCUUGGGUUCAUCAUCAGCAUCUAUUUAACAGUCAAGUGCGGAAAGUGGUAUUUCAUAUGGAAUGUCAUGUACAUGGCGACUUGUAUCGCGGGUUUGUUCAACAUCAUCAUUUUAAUGUACAGAGCCAUAAAUGGGGGUCUGACAUGGAUGAUCAUCGUAACAGCAAUACUUGGAGUGAUUCUGGUUGGGUUCAUCAUCGCCAUCAUCUAUUUAAUAUACGAAGACAGAAAACAUGAACUGAAAUGGAAGCUCACGAUAAUAGCAGUUUGUAUCCCAGUUGUGUUCAACAUCAUCAAUUCAUUAUACAGAGACAUAAGAGGGGAUCUGACCUGGAUGUUCAACUUCAUACCAGUAUGUAUGCUGGUUGGGUUCAUCAUCGCCAUCAUCUAUUUAAUAUACAAAGGCAUCAUGUAUUUCAGACGCAAAAGGAGAGAACGAGAAGCUGCUGAAAGAGACUGGCAAGAGUAUCUUCAAUGGAAGAAAAAGGGAGAAGCUGAUGAAACCAGAUGGCAAGAGUAUCUAGAAAGGCUGGAUGAGGGAGAAGCUACUGAAAGGGCAAGGCAAGAGUAUCAAGAAUGGAAGAGAAAGGGAGAAGCUGCUGAAAGGAAAUGGCAAGAGUAUCUAAAAUGGAGGGGAAAGAAAUAUCUUGAAUGGUUGGAUGAGGACGAAGCUGCUGAAAGGUCAUGGCAAGAGAGGUUCGAUAUGGGAGAGACUGCUGAAAGGAAAUGGCAAGAUUUCCUAGAAAGGAAGGAUACGGGAGAAGCUACUGAAAGCACGUGGCAAGAGUUCCUAGAAAGUUUCGAUACGGAGCAUCUUGAAUGGAGGAGAGAGGGAGAAGCUACUGAAAAGAGAUGGCAAGAGUAUCUAGAAAGGUUGGAUAAGGGGCAUCUUAAAUGGAGGAGAAGGGGAGAAGCUGCUGAAAGGAGAUGGCAAGUGUUCCAAGAAAGGAAGGAUAAGGGAGAAGCUACUGAAAGGAACUGGCAAGCGUAUCUUAAAUGGAAGAGAAAGGACGAAGCUGCUGAAAGGAUAUGGCAAGAGCGCCUAGAAAGGUUGGAUGUGGAGAUGUCAGAAAUGCUUCCACCUGUCCAAAAUACAUCCCCCCAGGACCCGACAUCUGUUGUGGUCCAAGAUACCAGCAAUGGAACUGAGAGGCCAGCAAGUCUUGUAGUUGUACAAGAAACAUCCCCUCAGGACACAACAUCUACUGGGCCUCCAGAAACCAGUAAAGAAACUGAGAGGUCAACAACAAGUCCAGAUGUUCCUGAAACAUCCACCCAGGACCAGGAAAAUGCUGUGUCCCAAGAUACCAGUAAUGGAACUGAGAGGUCAACAACAAGUCCAGAUGUUCCUGAAACAUCCACCCAGGACCAGGAAAAUGCUGUGUCCAAAGAUACCAGUAAUGAAACUGAGAGGUCAACAACAAAUCCAGAUGUCCCUGAAACAUCCACUCAGGACCGGGAAAGUGCUUAGUCACCAGAUCCCAGCAAUGAAACUGUCAGCAAUGAUUACUGAUGACCUGGAAACACGCUGCUGAUGGAUGAACAGACAGCAGAUUCAGAAGAUGAGGCCCAAAGCUGAAGUACUUUGGGUUUGUUUUUACUAAAAAAAACCCUGCAGGAUUAUACCAAACAACAGAUUUGUUGUCUGUCAGGACAGAAGUUCAGGGUUUCAUCAAAGGAUGUAACUGCUUUGGGCUGAUCCUUCCCAACAGAUAUGACUACAAACAGUGUUAAAUGUUGACAGCUGUGAGCAGGACUGUGUGAAAUACCUGCAGCCAGGUGGAGUUUUGUGGUUGUGCAUCUCUAAAUUAAUUUAAGCUUGCGGUGGUGACAUUUGGAUCUGUUUUGUUAUCUUUUUCAUGAACCCUGAUUCAGUCAAUAUCCACUAUUUCUUUUUCUUAUUUCAUUUUUGAGUGACUCUAACUUAGAUUUAAGUCUAAAAAAGAAAAGAAGAAACUUAAGUUAUUUUGUGAUGCCUUUGAACUCAUAAUAUCAAUACCAACAUGAGCAUUUGGUGGCACAAGAGUAGAGAAGUACACUUGACUAUGCAGGAUGCAGCAAAACAGUUUACAAAUCGAAACUCAUAUCGUCAUGUGUUACAACCUCAACAUUUUAUCAGAUAUAAUUUAUUCUUUGAUCAAUUCUUACUUGAAAAGGCUGAUUUUUUCAUACUUAAUGUAUUUUUCAUACUUCCAAGUGAAGUCCUGGAGAAAACUUAGAGUGACAAGAAUCAUCUAACCUUCACCAGAGCCAAAUUAAAUACAGUACAUAUCCAGCUUAUGAGGGUCAGAUGAUUACUGGCUUCCUACGGAGAUUUAAUGAGGGAAACAGGAAGUUCUGAGGUCUGAGGAACAUUUUUAAACUGCUAACAUGCCAAAGAGAAGAAACAAGUUGUUGAUUGUGGAGGUAAAAAUGGACUCAGCAGGAUGUGUUGAGUCCCUGGAAGAGAACAGUUUUAUUCCUAUUAUGUAUGUAAAAUGUCUCUUACAUGUUGCUGCUGCUGCUGCUGCUGCUGCUGAUGAUGAUGAUGAUGUCAGCACUUGUGUUUUGUUUCUCUUUAUGAAGUGUCUGUCUUUGCUUUCUGUGACCCCCCAGGCCUUGCUAUUCUUUAUCUGCCCACCAGAGGUCCCCACACAGUCACACACUUUGUGGAUCUUGGUGUAUUGUUUCUAUGAACUGCUGCACCUUUUCCUUUGAAAUCUGCUCUAUUUGCACUUUUUAGUUUUAAUCGCCUGACCUGAUUCCACUUCCCUUUUUUAGAUGUGACAAUCACUGUGAACCAUCAUCACUAUUAUCUUCCAUAUGUGGAGAGUUUAGUAUAUGGAUGGUUUUACAAAGCUAAAUCCAAAUACUAGAUACAGUUUUGAGGUACUUUGAGGUACUCCACGACACUCUAGAGACAAAUAUUGUACGUUUUACUCCACUACAAUUUAGUUAUUAGUUAUGUUGCACUUUCAGAUUAUGAAACCUGCAGUGCAGAAAUUUCACAUAUAAAUGAAUGUCUGUCACAUUCAAGCCCUUGUCAAAUGAGUUUACAUAAUGUUGAUCAUCUCCAGAUAAAUCUCUGUAUUUCACAGUAUACAGAGGUCUUAAAUCUCAUGUCCGGCACAACAUACCCGCGCUGGCUGUUAAUUGUGUGGCUCUUCUAGACUUUCCGAAUGUUGUAGGACCAAAUGGAUCAAAUCCUGAUAGUGUAAGGAGUGAUUUCAUGGGAGUUGUGUUAUCUGUUUUAUAGCUGCUACAGUAGGUUGCAGCCAGUGGUGUACUGGCAUACUGGAAUAAAUUGCGGCGAGUUGGUGGACCAUCAAAUCACAUCAGUUUUUACUGGCCCUCUCUGUGGGUCAUUCAGGGUGUGCAUGAAAUCGUGCUGCAUACCUGUGUCAGGCAAUCACAGCCGAGCGUCCUCCUUUACUCUCACAGAAGGGGGUGGCAAAAGUCCCACACUCAGCUUUAAUACAAAAUAGAAUCACAUAAUCAAAUGAUGAUAUCCUUUCAUAGAUUAAGCUUCCCAACAUAUAUAGGUAUAUAAAGUAACAGCUUCAACAGUAGUUUAACUUUUGGUACUUUUGUAUAAUAAUAUAAUAAAUACUUGAUGUAUGAAAAUUUGAAUGCAGGACUUUUGCUUGUAACAAAGUAUUUCUUCACUGUGGUAUUGCUACUUUAACUGAGUAAAAGAUCUAAAUACUUCUUCCACCACUGGGAGAGGCUGAGAAGCUAAAAGGCCAGUCACUGGUCUGUAGUGGGAGGAGGAGAGGGAGAUUAGGUGGCAGCUCGAUGUGAGGCUGCACAUUUUCUUUGUGUUUUCUUUUGCUUCUGAUUUUCCUGACGUUCAUUCUUCUUUGUUCCAUUAAUAUUUUUGUCCAUAAACACAGUGGUUUGAGAUGAGCUGUUGCUCAAAUAGCCUAAAGUCUGAUCUUACAAUAUGACAAAAGUGACACCACACCUACAGUAUAGAUGUUCCACAGUUCUUUGUCACAGCGUCACUCAAUACACUGUCACAUAACAGCACGGCUGUGUUUCAGAGCCUUUUUCUCACUUAAAGGUCAUCGUCUGCAGCUGUUGUAUCUGUUUGCACUGUUAAAACACUUUCUGUGCAUUAGCUGGUUAGAACAUUGGAUCUGUUAGUUCAGGGUCAGCCAAUAAUAACUCUAUAAAUAGUCAAAAUAAGAUGUGUGACAAAGUAGUGCACUAUAUUGACUGCUGAGUAAUUUCUCACUAUUGUAAAGUCUUAACUGGAAAAGUUUCCUCAUACACUAAAUAGACUAAAUAGUAUUUGGCCAAUAUGUUUGUGUAGGUUCAUUUCAUUUAUCCAGGUAGAGUUGAAGACAUUUUGCUGCUCAUCUGAGACAUUUCAUCUGUUCAUCACAACUUUAAAAUUUGACUUUGUGGCCUAAAAUGACAUUUGUCUGAGAACUUGUGUCUUUAAACUCUAUGUGCACUGUUAUCGUUAACUACUUGAUAAAACUGAACAGCACUGGAAACUGGUUAUUAUGUUUUAAAAGGGAGCAAGAGACAGAAUCUGCGUCUCAUUUAGUUUGAAAUAAUGUAAUUUACUGCUGGUUUGUUCUCCAGUAGUAGUGUUGGUUUUAAGAAAGAGAUUUAUUGAGGUGAUAUUGUGCUUGCAAGGUGCAUACAGUAUUUCAGACUUGUUUCAUUAUUUCUGUGUGAACUAUAAAUGUUGCCUUGUGUGCUCUGUAAUGUGCAUUUAAUGUAUAUUUGGAGUUGAAGGGUUACAUACAAAAUGUAUCAAGAGCUGGACCAACAACAGGAUUUCUUUUAUGCUACAUGACUCUGCUUUUCUUUAUCUCACUAAAUUUUCUUAUUUAAAUUAUGAUUAUUUAAGCUGCCAAAGUAAUUUAAUUGUUCUUAGAAUUAGAUUUAAGUUUAUUUCUUAAAAGAUUAUAUAGCACAUGAGUAGGCGGGUUUUAAGAUUUAAUUGGAUAGUGGACGUGUGAUGAAAUGAAAAGUAAUUAAAAUAAAUGAAUGAAUGUAAAGGA